GUUCCAUUCGGCUCUUUCCCUAUCGGCACUUUCGCCACUCGCCAAUGAGCCGUUAAAAAAACCUCGUCCUUCACCUCCAGCCCUCUCGAGCCGCUCUCUGCUUCUGUCCUGAAGCGGUCCCGCGGUGCCGUGCGGGGGGAGUUUCCAGGACGGGUGGGAAAAGGGAGUCAGGCCCGUGAGGAAUCUGCGCCACGGGACAGCCGGCGGGACAAGAUGGCGGCGCUGGGCAGGCAGUAUGGGCUCAUUAUGCCCAAGAAAUUGCCACAGAAAAAUCUUGUUUCAAAGAAGCUCUCAGUGUUUGCAGAUGACUCUGAUGAAGAGCCAACUGUGGGUGAAAGUCUUCAGAAAGAAGCACUGAAAAAGCAGGCAAUGAAGCAGACUAAAUUAGAGAUUCAGAAGGCUUUGGAAGAAGACGCUACUGUGUAUGAAUAUGACAGUAUUUAUGAUGAAAUGCAGAAGAAGAAGAAAGAAAGCAAUGCCAGUGUGUUAUCUGGAAAAGAUGACAAAAAGCCCAGGUACAUCCAAAAUAUCCUCAAAGCUGCUGAGGUUAGAAAAAAGGAGCAAGAAAAAAGAAUGGAAAGAAAAAUUCAGAAAGAGCGUGAAAUGGAAGGAGGAGAGUUUGCUCACAAAGAGGCGUUUGUGACUUCAGCCUAUAAGAAGAAGCUGCAAGAAAGGGCAGAAGAGGAGGAAAGAGAAAGAAGAGAGGCAGCUCUUGAGGCUUACCUUGAUGUUACCAAACAGAGGGAUCUCAGUGGAUUUUACAGACAUCUUUUAAACCAGACGGUAGGGGAAGAAGAAAUGCCUGAAUGCAGCUUCCGUGAAGCCAGGAUAAAGGAAGAAAAAUCUGACAGUUAUGAUGAAUCCAAUCAAAGGAACAAAAGCCCAUAUGAAAAGCAAAGACCAAAGCCCUCUGUUAAGAAAGAGAAUAACCCAGAUGCUGAUACCGAUAUAGGAACUGACAGCAGUGAUGAUGAGAAGAGACAGAAAAAUAGUAAAGUAAGUUUGAAAACAAAGAAAAGGAGAGAGCGCUCCGUGAGCAGUGAAGAAGAGGCUAAACAUCACAAGAGCCAGAGGCAUUCCAGGUCGCCAAGCUCAUCCAGUGUGGAGGAAGAGCCACGCUCAAAAGCCCAGAGAAGUCAUCUUACAAAAAGGGGAGAGACCAGACCAAGCAGAAGGGGAAAUGAUGAACAGUGCAGGGAGAAAGACUAUGAAAGAAGCAGAACCCACGAAAAGGAUCACCACAGGGAAAAAGAGGAGCGACAUAGAUAUGGGGAUCUCACUAGUAAAGAUAGCUACAGAAGGAGGGAAGAGCAAGAUGAUAGGCAACGGGGAAAGGAAAGAAAAGAGAGGGAGGGACAUGGCAGAGAAUGGAGGAAGGCAAAAGAGAGAGAAGAGAGAGGCUCAGAAAAGGAACGAGAGAAAGAAAGAAUAAGAAAUGGUAGAGAUAGAUAUAAUGACAGAGAAAAGGAGAGAGGAGAGAAAUGCAGAGAAAAGGAAGAUCAUGGGAAGGAGAGGAGAGAGAAACAUGGUAAUGAUGAAAAGAAACACACAGAGAGGAGGGACAGUACUCCUACAUCAGUAGAAAAAGAUAGAGAAACUGAUAUGGAAAAAGAGAGAAAAGGAAAAGAGAGAGAGGUGGAUGAGAAGGCAGGAUCCAGCUCUGAAGUUUUGUCUGAGCAGAAACGUAAAGCUGGAGAAGAAGGGGAGAAAGAGGAGAAAGAUCAAGUACAGAAACCACCUGAGGGCAUGAGCAAAUUUGCCAAACGGAGCAAUGAAGAGACAGUCAUGUCAGCACGGGACCGCUAUUUGGCAAGACAAAUGGCACGCGUCAGUGCUAAAUCCUACAUUGAGAAGGAAGAAGAUUAAUCUCCCUCAUGGACAAAACUCUUGGUCUCUUGAACAAGAGGAAAAGCCACUGCUGCAUGGACUCUUAUACAGAAGUAGAAGUCUAUCUUAGCUAUUUAUUCCUGGCUUUUGUUUAAGAAAUUGUAUGUGCCAUGUUAGAAGAACAACUUUUGAAAUGGAUUGAUGGAUCACUUCAUACAUACCUUUAGUCUGUUUAUAGAAUUGAAAUGUGAAAUUUGGUUCACUCUUGUCCACCCUGGCCCUCCGUACCCUGUCCUGGCUACCUGAAGAUUCUGGGACAGAGCUAGGAGUGUUAAACAGUGUAAGGUGAGAAAACCACCUUCCUGGCAGCCCCCUGCUCCAUUCCCCAGGUAAGACAAUGAGCUGUGCUGAAACAGAGGUUUUCCCAGUCAUUGUUGCCCACUCAUGUUCUCAAAAAUUAGAAGCAGAGCUGUAAAAGUGGGGAAAAAAAGGAAAAAAAAAAAACCCAGUCUGAAUAACAAUAUAGGAGAUUUCUGUACAUAAUAUGGCAUUUUGUAAGCUAAAUGCAUAUUGAUACAUGAAUUUUGUAAUUAUGUGUGAGCUUUGGUUCUAGGGACCUGAUGUACAGAAUCAAAUAAAGUGUAAGAUAUGUCUUGGAACUAAUAUAUGAG